AUGGCUUGGAUUAAAGUGCUAGCUGUCGCAAUCGCGAUAUCAAGUAUUUGUGCUCAAACACCAGAGGAUACCCUGACUGAGCCAGUGGCUGCAGCUCCAUACCCUGCUGGUGACAACACAGAAUUACCAUCUACCACCGUCGAACCUUACACUGAAGAAGAAAGCAGCGUCGAAACUGCCCCAGAAGAGACUACUGAAGAAGCUACUGAAGGCGUAGGCUCCACUGAAGAGGCUGCUACAAGCGAAGAGGAAACUUCCCAAGAUGGGCAAACCUCUGAGGAAUCAACUCAAGAAGAGACUUUAACUGAAGAAGAAACCCCAGUUGAAGAAGAAACAUCCACAGGUGAAGAAGAAACACCAUCAGAGGAAGAGGAUGACCCUACUAGAGAAGAGACACCUCCUUCAACAGGAGGAGAGACUGACCCAACUCAAGAAGAAGCUCCUUCAACUGAGGAGGAGGCAGAUUCUACCCAAGAAGAGGAAACACCAACAGAAGAAGAGACUGACCCUACUCAAGAAGAGGAAACAUCCACAGGUGAAGAAGAAACACCAACAGAGGAAGAGACUGACCCUACUCAAGAAGAGGAAGCCCAUUCAACAGAGGAAGAGACUGACCCAACUCAAGAAGAGGAAACCCCUUCAACUGAGGAGGAAACCGAUCCUACCCAAGAAGAAGAAACUCCAACAGAAGAAGAGACUGAUCCUACUCAAGAAGAAGAAACAUCUACAGGCGAAGAAGAAGCCUCAGAAGGCACUGAAGAGGAGGGCACCACUGAAGAAACAGAAACUCCAACUGAAGAGGAAUCUACUCCUACUGAAGAGGAAUCAACUCCUACUGAAGAAGAAUCAAGUUCUACUGAAGAAGAAACUUUUCCUCACUCCCCCCCAUCCUUGAUCGAACGAUUGACUGUAAAAAUUCCUAAAAAUUGGGGAAAUUAACCCCCAUCCUUGAUAGAACGAUUUUCAUAUCAUGCAAAUUUUUAUAUAUAUAAAAAUAUAUUAGUAAUCAAAAGCUUGGGAAGAUGUACCUAAUGAAGUUGUUUUCAGAGCUCUGAGACGACAGAAAGCUGCGGAAUCAACCAUCCGAAGUGAUUUAGUCAUCAACCUAGGCUUAAAAACUAAAUAAUCUAAUAAAAGAGAGAUUCUUUAAAAUUUAAAAAAAAAAAAAAAUUAAUUCAAUAAGGAACAAAUUAAAAUUUAUACGGUUUUAAAAGGGUAAAUAAUAAAUCAAAAUAUUAAAAAUUGGUAUUUUAUGAAAUUAAUUCAAUUUUUUGCUGUAAAAAUAAUUAUUAAAUACUCUUUAACACUCUUAUUUAAAAGUAAAUAAAAAAAAAUAUAUAUAUAUAUUUUUUAUUUUAUAUAUAAUUUUUUUUUCCAAAAAAAAUUUUUUAACCCCCAUCCUUGAUCGAACGAUGGCGAGUCGUUCGAUCAAGGAUGGGGGGGAGUCAGCCACUCGACGAAGAUGACGACUUUGAUGACGUCACAAGAAAAAGCAUAAACGUUAACCUCGUCCAAAUGGGAGUCAAAGUUGUUAUGCCAGAAACUCCAAAGAAAGACUCCAUUUAUACUGCUAAAACAACUGAGUCAGGUUGGGGGAUGACACUUAUUCAAUUAGGAGCUAUUGCUGGAGUCGCGUAUUUCGGCGGAAAAUACUACUUUUCUUACCGAAAGCGCUCCACAAGAGUCAAAUAUGCAUUCCAAGAAGGUGAAUCUCAAGCUCCAUACAGCAGACUCAUCAAAUCUAUAUAG